UGCUCUACUCUAUGUACUGUAGCCCGGCCAUCAUGCGUGAAAUUGUACAUCUGCAGAUUGGACAAUGUGGCAACCAGAUCGGCUCAAAGUUUUGGGAAGUGAUCAGUGAAGAACAUGGGAUCAAUGCAACAGGCCUCUAUGAGGGUGACAGCAACCUCCAGCAGGAGAGGCUCAACGUCUACUUCAAUGAGGCACAUGGUGGAAAAUAUGUGCCCAGAGCCCUGCUUGUUGACCUGGAGCCCGGCACCAUGGACAGUGUCAGAGGAAGCCGCAUCGGGGCCCUUUUUAGGCCAGACAAUUUCAUCCAUGGGAACUCCGGAGCUGGGAAUAACUGGGCAAAGGGCCACUACACAGAGGGAGCAGAACUGGUGGAGCAGGUGAUUGACAGAGUGAGGAACGAGAGUGAAAGCUGUGAUUGCCUGCAGGGCUUCCAGCUGGUUCACUCAUUGGGAGGUGGCACCGGCUCCGGAAUGGGAACCCUCAUUAUCAACAAGAUCCGAGAGGAGUACCCCGACCGCAUCAUGAAUACUUUCAGUAUCAUGCCCUCUCCUAAAGUCUCUGAUACGGUAGUGGAGCCGUACAACGCCACCCUGUCGGUCCACCAACUCCUGGAGAACACAGAUGAGACCUUCUGCAUCGACAACGAGGCCCUCUACGACAUCUGUUUCCGCACACUGAAACUGACCACACCGACUUACGGGGACCUCAACCACUUGGUUUCCUUGACGAUGAGUGGGGUCACGACCUCCCUGAGAUUCCCCGGACAGCUCAAUGCAGACCUGAGGAAGCUGGCUGUCAACAUGGUGCCUUUCCCUCGCCUCCACUUCUUCAUGCCAGGCUUUGCCCCCCUGACGGCCCGUGGCAGUCAACAGUAUAGAGCCCUCACAGUGCCUGAGCUCACCCAGCAGAUGUUUGAUUCCCGCAACAUGAUGACAGCAUGUGACCCUAGGCGAGGGCGCUACCUCACGGUUGCAGGUGUCUUCCGUGGCAGGAUGUCUACCAAAGAGGUAGAUGAACAAAUGCUUGCAAUUCAGCAAAAAAAUAGCAACUACUUUGUGGACUGGAUCCCACAUAAUGUCAAGGUUGCCGUGUGCGACAUCCCACCAAGAGGCCUCAAAAUGGCCUCCACCUUCAUCGGCAAUAACACGGCCAUUCAGGAGAUAUUCCGCCGUGUGGGUGAGCAGUUCUCCUUGAUGUUCCGACGGAAAGCUUUUCUUCACUGGUACACAGGGGAAGGUAUGGAUGAAAUGGAGUUCACUGAGGCAGAGAGCAACCUCAACGACCUGGUGUCAGAGUACCAGCAGUAUCAAGAUGCCACUGCUGAUCUAGAAUGGGAAGCAGAGGAUGAAGAAGAGGAGGGACCCUCAUCACCAGUGACAAAGGCAACAAAGGUUGCGUCUCACACGGAAGUUAAACUGGAAACAGUGACUGAAACAACCACAGAAACUGUAGAUGAGUAGAAGACAUUGUAGUGUGCAGGUUUGGCACCUUGAGAAAAAACAAAUGUAGGAUUGUUUGUCUGAAAAGGACUCUUAUUUUGUAAUUGAAUUGAUGCCUAUUGAUUUAGAUAGCCUUUAUUUCAUAAAUGUGCUGUGACAUAUUUACACAGUAGUGCUUAUUGUCUUUUAUGUAUUGUUCAAAUGAUUUUUAUGUUUGUAUUUUAGUUUUUGAAGAUUAAAGUUUUUUCUUUUGUAGUAAAAUUUGAAAAUCAUAAUUUUUGCUUGUAUAUAUGGAAAAUUUUAUGUCACACCAGCUCCACUCCAGUUUUAAUCCACAGCCAUAAAAGCCAGCCAGUUUGUUGUUUCCAGACCUACAGUGAAUGUUGCAUUUGAUUGUUUUGUAUCUAAAUUAUGAUGGUAAUAAAAAAAACAGUAAC